CCCUCCAGUGGAAAAGGAUGACCUACCUGGGGGAGCACAGCCAGCUAGGGAUGUAACUAAGUCUAGAAGACUUUUGACUCCCACACUCUUGCCUGCUCCGCUGCAAUGUCCUCUUGAUACAGCAGAAGGCAUUUUUUGCACUUUCAGACAGUGACAUGAGAGUAGUGUCACACCCCACACUUGCAGAUGUCUCUAAGCUAAGUUUACCUGGAUUUUUUCUAGAUGCACCUAAUAAACAGUCUUUUUUUGUUUUUAAACCCUCACCUUCCAUCUUGGAAUCAAUACUGUGUAUUGGUUCCAAGGCAGAAGAGUGGUAAGGGCUAGGCAAUGGGGGUCAAGUGACUUGCCCAGGGUCACACAGCUGGGAAGUGUCCAAGGUCAGAUUUGAACCCAGGACCUCCUCUCUCUAGGCCUGGCUCUCAAUCCACUGAGCUACCCAGCUACCCCCUAAUAAACAGUCUUAAACCUGAAAUCUGACAAGAUUUUUCCAGUCAGGGACCUUAUAUGUUUGUGCAUAUCAAGAAAGUCUUUUCUCUCCUAAUUGAGUUCACAUUGUUUUUUACCUUUUAACAUUUACCUUUUUAAUCAUAGAGAUAAUUGGAUACACAUACAUAAAUAGGAGAAUUUUGCAUAUAUAAGGAAAAUAAAAAUUAGGUGGUACAGUGGUGAUGUUAUAGAAGUGUAAUUAGCUUAGUAAAAAGAGUGUAGAUUUGACUUAUGAAAGGGAUCAGAAAAAUAAGGGUUUGACCCCUUAUAACAGUGGAAAAUCAGAUGAUAAUUUCACAAAUGAAAACCUAUGCUGUGAUAACAUCAAAGAUGGUACUUCAAAGUGCAUGAUGUGAAAUCUCUAUUCCCAGUGUAGGAUAGAAUGAAAAAAUACAAAUUUGAGUGUUGGAGAGGACCCAGAGCAGCCUAUAGUCUAGGAUAGAGCAUGAAUAUGAAGGGUAUCCCCGUAGUAAUGCAUCUGACAAGUGAUCAUCCCACCUUAGAACAUGAAUUCUGUCACUCUUUUUUGAAGUGUGUAUGUUAACAUGAGGGAAAUGAGUCCCAUUUUCUCUACUUCCCAUAUGUUCAUUCUCUCAUCCCUUGGAUUGUUUCUUUUAUUUGUCUUGUUCUACCAGCCUGGGUCUAAAUCUAGGCUCAGUUUGUCACUUUUCUUAGAAAGCAGCACGUCUCCACAGUCACUCCAAGCAAGUUUGGACUUUCCUAAGCUAUUUAUUCAGGGUUUCCUCUUUAGACCUUGCCUCAUUCGAAGCAUUUAUAAUUUCCCAGAUAGCAUUGCAUUAACAUGGUUUUAAUAUAUCUUUGAAAUCAAGGCAGUGGUUUUCACAAGCUUUAAGCUGUAGAUAUUCAGAACUUUCUGUUUGAGUUUUUAUUUUCUAUUCCAACUCAGAAAGGGCUGUUUAGUGUUGCUGUGAGGAUAGAACAUAGAUUGCUAAGAGAGCCCGCAAACUGGUUGGUCUUUGGAAAUGUCUAGCCAGUUAGUGCUGCAUAUGGAAGGUAGGGUGAAAAGGAUAUUUGACUCCCAAAUCCAGGAGAAAUAGAGAGUCCUUUAGGUCUCAGUGAGGAGUGGCUUUUCUCGAGAGAAUGAAAUCGUUCUUGUGGAGCUUUGCUGGCCCCCAUUUGUCUUAUGUUUAUGUCCCAUCAUUUGAGAUCACCAGGGGAUUGUGCCUUUGUCAAAAGCUUGAGAAAAGAGGUGGCAGCCAGUACCUAUAGGAAGAAUUCAGUGUCCUGCUGCCAUGGCCUGGCCUUGGUUUACAGAGUAAAUGCCUUAAAAUGCAAACGUGUCUUCUGUUCCCAGUUUCCGUAGCCAUUUGGACCGGAAUGAUUCACCAAACUACUUCAGGUGUAUAGAGUUGUCAUUUUAACAUCACCAUAAUUAGCGAGUGCAAGUUUGACCGUCCCAAUUUUAAUUGGCUUGUUUUAGGCGCUUUUCUCACAUCGAGGUUGUCUUCAUCUCUUUGGAGCCUUUUGUACUCUUCUAAUUAAGUAGUAGCUAAGUAGGUUUCAGUAACCUAUAAAUUUCUUGGUUACAGCCGAAGACAGCGUGUGAUGUAUUUGAACCUACUUAAUGAGGCUGACUAACCUGUGCCAUAUUAGAUGUAAAGAUGGCUUCUUGACCUAUAAACCUUGAUAAUAAAUAUUAGAAGUACAUUUGUUCUGCAUUUCUCCACUCUAGUAAUUUAAAUAAUUUUGCUUCAAAAUAAUCUUGAAGGAACAACACAUUUGGGACUUGGUUUAAAAAUUAGCUUCUUCCAACUACUCUUAAUAUGCUGUUCACGUGGCUUUUACUUUUCUCUUUGAUGCUUUUCUUAAAUGGAUAGCUACGGCAUUUUCUUAAUGAGUUAAAAGUUUGUUAUCAUUUGUGCUAAUAAGUCCAAGAAGAUAUCCUCGUUCAAACAAAGCCUGUAGUUGUCUAGACCUGUCUAGACCUGUGGUUGUAGUAUUUAAGCUUAACUUCUUGUGUGAAUGAACCUCUGGUUUUGUAUAAAAUAUGUCUGUGGUAAAUGAGGCCGACUGAGAGGAGAGGCUUAUUGGUGAUAGGAUUAAAAAGUUAAAGGUCAGAAAUGAUUCUGCUACCAUAGUCUGUAACUCAGAAUUAGAUGGGUUUUGUUUUUCCCUUUCAAUAAAAAAUUGGAAUUCUGGGUCAGCGUACUGAAUAAAGAGGAUGACGUGCAACUGAAUCAUUUCCCAAACUCACCGACUGUUUUCAUGGUGGCUCAAAGGGCUAUUACUGUGCUGUAAAACUGGCAGAUGAGACUUGCAAUUUCACUUCUUUCCUCUUGGGUUCCAUGGCCAGGUGUUGGAGAUAAAGGAAACGGUGAAGUGAGUGAUGUGUCUUUGAUCUUUUCCUUCCAGAAUGAUCUUCAGGAAUUAUAGCAUUUCAAAGCUGGAAGGGACCUUAGAAAUCAUCUGGUUCAACCCUAUCAUUUGACAAAUGAGGAAACCACCUAGAGCAGUGAAAUGGCUUGCCCAUUGCAGCUAGUUAGUAGCUAGGCCUGGACGUGAGCCAUGGUGUCCUCAUACCUGUGCAAAAUUGUUCAAGAAAGGAGGAAGCAUUAAUUAAGCACCUACAACGUUCCAGGCACUGUGCUAAGUGCUUUUACAAAUAUUGUCUCAUUUGAUCCUCACAACAACCCUGGGAGCAACCCUUACCUACGAUACCCUCAGGUUUGCUGAAUUUGAAGAUUUCCCGGAGACUACAGAUCCUGUCUGGAUAUUGGGUAGAAAAUAUACCAUCUUCACAGAAAAAGAUGAGAUCCUUUCAGAUGUCACUUCUCGGCUUUGGUUCACAUAUAGGAAAAAUUUUCCAGCCAUUGGAGGAACAGGCCCAACCUCAGACACUGGCUGGGGCUGCAUGUUACGGUGUGGCCAGAUGAUCUUUGCACAGGCCCUCGUCUGCAGGCACCUAGGCAGAGAUUGGAGAUGGAAGCAAGGGAGAAGGCAGACAGACAACUACUUCAACGUUCUCAACGCCUUCAUUGACAAAAAGGACAGCUAUUACUCCAUCCACCAGAUAGCUCAAAUGGGAGUUGGAGAGGGCAAGUCCAUAGGCCAGUGGUAUGGACCAAACACAGUUGCACAAGUUCUCAAGAAACUGGCUGUUUUUGAUACGUGGAGCUCCCUGGCGGUGCACAUAGCAAUGGACAACACGGUGGUUAUGGAAGACAUAAGGAGGUUGUGCAAGGCAAAUUUUUCCCACACUGACGCGGCUGCACUUCCUCCUGAUUCAGACCUGCUCUCCAAUGGGUACCCACCUGGAGCCGAGGUCACUGACAGGCUGUCACAGUGGAGACCACUGGUGUUACUGAUACCUCUCCGCCUUGGGCUCACAGAUAUCAACGAAGCUUACACGGAAACCCUAAAGCACUGCUUUAUGAUGCCCCAGUCCCUGGGAGUAAUUGGAGGGAAGCCCAACAGUGCUCACUACUUCAUUGGAUAUGUAGGGGAGGAGCUGAUUUACCUGGACCCUCAUACGACCCAGGCUGCCGUGGAGCUGAGCAAUGGCGGCGUCAUCCCCGACGAGAGCUUCCACUGCCAGCACCCUCCGUGCCGCAUGAACAUCGGGGAGCUGGACCCCUCCAUCGCAGUGGGUUUUUUCUGCAAGUCUGAGGAAGAUUUCAAUGACUGGUGCCAACAAGUCAAAAAGUUGUCCCGGAUCCCAGGAGCCCUGCCGAUGUUUGAGCUGGUCGAACAUCAGCCAUCCCACUUCUCUUGCCCGGACGUUCUGAAUCUCUCACUAGAUUCUUCUGACGUAGAGAGACUGGAAAGAUUCUUUGAUUCAGAAGAUGAAGACUUUGAAAUUUUGUCCCUUUGAAAAGGCUAGGAAACGGACUUGCCCGACCUGUGUUGCGUGGGGGGUGGGGGGUGGGGAGGGAAGCCCCUCUGAGAGCCCGGCUCACCGGUUUUCAAAGGCGCUUGAUGACAUCCCAGUGUUCCAUCCAUCCUGGCGUGCGUGCAGCCUCAGAGCAGAGGGCGCAUCGUCUGCAUUCUGUCCUUGGAUCAGGAAUAUGUUUUCAUGGAAGCCUUAAUGCUUGGAGUCAGGAUUCUCAGCACAAAACACUUUCAGGAAGUGGAGUUACUGGUGCCUCGGUGUGGAAAGGUCACUCGUGUGGGAGGAGCAGAGCCAGACUGUGCUGUGUGGGGAGCCUGGAGACGUUCUCCCGCCUCCUCCGUGGCUGGGCCCUCUGGAGCAGCUGAGCUCAUGUCCAACUCCUAACGCUCUUUGCUUUGGUUUGCUUCGGAUAUAAAUUCCUCGUUUUAGUUAGGCAGCAGGAGCAAAGUCACCCUUCUUUCUGCCAGACGUCCCUCAAGCAGAAGGUUGAGGCCCAGCAUGUGGGACCUGGAGUGCACUCUCCCACAGAUUGAUGCUGCUCUUGCUUUAGGCACAGAAUUGUCUGUCGUUGUCUCCUAUAAGCUCUGUCCCUCUCCUACUCCAUUAUUUUUAAGGGCUACCCUGGGGGGUGGGAAUUAGACUGACUGAAUUUUAUUAUAUCAAGGUUUCUCGGGGGGAAGUCUUACAAUUGGCUAUUUCAGACCACUAAACACACACACACACAACCAAACUGUGAACAGUGUAUUUAAAACAAGACAGCAAGAGAGCGUGAUUUCUGCCCCUGGAGAGUUAGCGUGCCACUAAGGUCAUAGAUAGGAAGAGUAAAUUCUCUAAGUGAUUGCUGCCGCUUCUAGGAAGAUAUAAAACUUAAGGUGUGUCCAUCUCUUAAAUAGUACUGUUGGGCUCAAUCCUGCCUCAGCAUAAGACAACGGGGGUCCAGCAGUCUGUUUUUCUAUGAGGGAGAAGACAUUAAGAAAGAAACUUGCUUUUGCCAUCAAACCAGUAAUACAACUGUCCUUUGACAGGCAAGAAUAUUGGUGUCUCUAUGAAGAGGAGUCCUACUAUGGGCCCAUCUCAAGCCUCAGUUGUGUGGGAAGGCGUGAGGAGGAGGAGGUGACAGCUUGGGAGGGAGGAAUAAGUUCUGUAACCUACCCACUUGUAGUAAGUCAUGGCCAACAAACGGUAAUUCCUCUGGUGGUUUCCUGGCUUUCUUAAAUGUUAUCUAUGCUGGCAUUGGUUUGAUAUCCUUUUUAACCGAACAAUUAGUCUGGCUAUCCGGUGCUGCGAUGAUCUUAGAAACCAAUGGCAAAUCAUUGGAGUGGUUAUCCUGUAGUUAGGCCAGUGUUGGAUAUUCUCCAGCCCCUCACCCAAAAUGGCCCGUUUGUUUUUCUUUUGCCAUUGGGUUUGUAGUUAUAUCAUUCUAAUCUCCACUACUCUACAAAUGAAAACUAUCUUAGUUCUUAAGCUGCUCGGUAUCCAGCCCCAUUUCAGUACAAAAGAGCUGCCAUUUUCCCUCCAAGUGUUGUUACUUCUUAAGGAAAUGUUUAAGGAAUGGGGGAGGGAUCUUGAGGGGCCAUCUGUUAAUCAUGCAUACAGGGAAUAGGAGUGUCAUGUGGUCUUCCAGGAGAAAAAAAUCCUUUUUGCCACACUUUAUUCCUUAGUAAAAGAUAAAUCAGUAUCUGCAAAAAUACUAAGUGCCCAGGUUUUGCCACUCUUUGAUUUCUGCUUCUAUCCUUAGCAAGUAAAGGGGAAUAAAUCCUUAGGAAAUGAAUGCCUGAAUAUUCCGUUUCCUAUUGGCAAAUGAAGUGGACUCAGUGGACUGUAGUGCCAUAUGUCACACUGAAGUGGCUCCACAGCACCCUACUGAAGUCUACACAGAACAAACGCCUUCAUUUCCUUCCUUUUUCCUAUCCAUUCUUUGUCUUUCAUGUAUAUUUGGGGGUGGGUAAGGAGAGUGGGGAGAAGUCUCCACUUAGUGCUUUAUGUUUUUAUCUGAAUAAAUAACUGAUAAGCUUCUUAAAAGCUCUUUGAUUUCUGAAGCAUCACUCUGAAUUCCCACUGAAGUUGAUUUGUCUUCCUCUGGUUGAUGAUAUGGGUCGAAGAGGGUUCAUUUGAGAUCAAAAUCAUUGAAGAAAGUUUAUUUUUGUUUUAUUUAGGUGGGACUUUUACCCCUAAUGAAUGGUGGGAUUAUAUUCUGAAACACUAAACUCAAACCCUUGAAGAUUUUAACAACAGAAUCUGCCUUGUCUCUACUUUCUUCUUUUGUGGAUUCUUCUGUGGAAUAUAGCAGUGAAUCAUGGAAUAGCCAAUGCCUGUACUGUUUAUGGAACAUUAAUACUUCCUCUUCAGAGAUGGGAAUAUUCCUCCCGAUGCAUUUGGCAGAUUAAGAAAGUGUGUUGGGUCAAGACCACAGGCUCCAGAAUGACAAAUGGUGCACUUACCUGGGAAUUGUUCCCCUCCUAUGUUCUUCAUAUUCUCCUGCCUUCUUUUGAAUACUGUUAUGUCUUCUGCUGUGGGAGAAAUAGCUAGCCAUUCUUUGUGUAUUCUGUGCAUACUCCAGUAGUUGUGUCAUCAUUUGUACCUGGAAAUUAACCCCAGGGUCUCAAGAUCAUCAGGUGGUAAUCUUAAAGCUUAUGUACCAACCCAAGGUGGGGCAUGAAUCUCAUUGACAACCUUUGCAGUGUUGAGCUUGGCAUGUGGUCCCAGAAGUGUGUUAAACCUCAGUUGUUGGGUGAAGUAUUGGAAAUGCCUCCCACAAAUUCAUGGAAUAUGUCACAACACAUUUUUGUAUAUUGAUGCCACUUCAAGGGCUGUGACUAGUUUCGUGCUUGAUAAUGGUUGUGUAGACGUUCACUCUUGUCUGAUUUUGCGUCCACGUGCUGCUCAUUGUUGGGAUGCCCAGCUUCCUGGAAUACCUCAUUGAUCGGAUUAAUAGUAACCAAUGGGUGUUCCUCCAUUCAAAUCCAUGAAAGCCUUUGUUCUUUUCAGUCAGUUCUCAGGUUUUCCCAUCUUCUGGAAUGUAAAGGGUUUUCCCACUUAGCAAACUCUAAAAUAACCCAGUUAGUGCCAAAAUGCAUACAGAGUCUUGGGUGAAACUUUUUGAGAUGGAAAAGUCUCAAUAAGAAGAUAGUAGAAGUAUGUAUUCUUUUGAGUUCAGUGUGCCUGUUGUCUGGCAGAAAAGAAUAGUGAAGCACAGAAUUUUUUGGCUUUUUACCUAUCACUGUUUGGGUUUUGAUUUUUUUCUGGGGAAAUUUAGUUGAAGUUUUGGGGUAAGUUUUCAAGUGAAAGAUUAUAGCGUGAAAGAAUAGUCAUUAACACUUGUUUCUCCUUAAGUAAGCGCGUUCUGCCUUGGGGUGGGGGGGGCACAUUUUUUUAUUUCUUCAGUGUGUUUAACACAAAUUUUAGCCAAGAAAAAUAAAAGCGUUGUUUUUGGAAAACAUUAAUUUCCCAAGUGUGAGUGUACCUUUACCCUGAGAGGAACGCUUGCGUUUCUGUGAGACAUCUAUGGGUGCCCUUAUUAACGUGUAAAUUGUCGGUAGAUCCCAGAGGGCUGGUAGGUUACGCUGGUCCGAGCUUGCCUUUGGAUCUGGAGGUAAAAAGGAAUUAUGCUCGUGAAGCAUUCACGUACUUGUUGACAACCCUUCCUCUGUACAAGAAUUAUUGACUAGUUGAUAGCAGUCAAGGUACUGAACGGGAUGAGCUUUGUAGAAUUAACAAUUCAGAGUCAGUUUUGCUGCUAAACUGGAACUAUAUUCUAUUUUGUGCUGUAUGAAGUUCAACCCUGACAGAUGAGACUUGAACCCCAUCUGCUUUGCAGGAAUUCUCAAAACCUCAUUCAAAAUCAUAUCCCACAUGGACAGUGAGGGCAGCUUACAUGGAGGCUUCACCGUUGUCCCACUGGACCUCUUGCCAUUGAUGCUAUUGGAUGGCAUAGUUGAUUGGCUUGUUUUAUUUUCAGCACCCUUCCUUUGGUAGAGCGGCACCUAAAGGAUAAAAGGGCCCGAAGGGGCAAAGUCAUAGAAGGUUUCUCAAAAGUAUGGAAGAAACUUUAUUGUAGGAAUAGGUUGCUGCAAAAGGAAUAUGCCUUCCUGUAAUGCAAAGUAUGACCUCCUUGUUUGGAAAUGGUGUCAUAUUACCACCUAUUUUAAUUCUAAUCGGAAAGACUAAUACAAGACUUCGUUUCUCUCUGUGUUUGUCCCACCUUUAUCUGCUAUAACAGCAUCUGACUGUGCGUGGAGCAUCGUGGGCAGCCGUGAGGCUAGGCUGUGUGAGUAUUCUCCGUGGGCAUCCCACAGUAAUGGCUUUUGUGGCUGCUUUCCUAGUUCAGUUGUGCUGAGCAUCAUCAGUGGCAGAUUCCAGGACUUCAUCGGUUUGUCCUUGUGCUCUUCAGCCAGUUGGAUAGUUGUCAUUGGUAAAGCUGGACCCAUAAGCUUACAGCUUGUCCCAUUCUUUAACUCUGUCAUGAAAGGGCUGCAAAGUAGGCUGCCAGUUCUAGCCUUUGCCUUAGUUUAUUGCUCUCGUCAUUGGGACCUAAGACCCGGGAAUAAUUCUUUCCUAGGUGGGAUGCUGUAGUUCAUCCAGGUAUGCAGUAUAGAGCUGAAAUCGAGGGAUAUGGUGGUAGAUGGAAGGGUCUUUCCUGGCUCUGGUUCAAGUCUGACUCAUAUUCAUUAUCUGUGUGACUUUGGGCAAGCCACUUCCUAAUUUCCCUAGGCCUCAGUUUCCUCAUAUGUUAAACGAUUCUGAUUGAGCUUUCUCCCAUCUUUAGGUCUGUUAUAACCCUAAUCUGCUGUAGUUUUCAUAAUCUUGGGGGCAUCAGUGAAUGUGCCCCUCUGACUGCUAGUCAUGUCUGUUUGUGACCAGCCUGCCUUUCGCAGCCAGUUGUGGGCUCCCUUCUUGUGUGGCUUGAGUGCUAGGGGGCGUGUUUGCAAAGUUGUUUUGCUUAUGAAAGGUCCUUAUAACACUUGGAGUUUUAUCAUUUUUAUUUUUAUAUCCUAUAUUAUUAUUCUGAGGCAUGGCGUGCCGUGAUCUUCAGGCAUCAAGCUUCAGGAGCAGGCUAGGGGCUUCUGUGUCAGGAUGCCAUUUGGGAUCCGUGAAGAGCACUGCUUGGUUUCCCAGCUGCAGUCUAGAUUCUUCCUUCCUGUGGAUCAGUAGCUCAGAGAAGGGAGGAAGGGUUCCCCACCAUGUUUUAGGGAGCAGCUUUUAUCUUGGUCAGGAAUAUUGGAUGUCUUGGACUGCCUGCCAGCCUUCUCUGGGCUCUCUUGUUUUGUCUUUAUCAGCACGCUCUCGGACAAUGAAUUACCGAGACAGCUAUCCAAGAACUGUCUGUCCAUAGGAAUUAUCUGCUUGGGUCAGUGCGGUUGGGCCGAGUAAUCUAUUGAUUGAGAAAAGUAACCUGUAGUUUAUUGAGUGUCUUCUGUGUGUGCUCCUAAGACUGGGCAAUUUCUUUACAGUCGCUUUCUGUGAGCCUGUUUAGGUACAAGUCCUAGAGACCAGCCUCCAGGUUCCUUUGAUCACAUUAAAGCAGCAUUCAGUCAUUUAGUUAAUAAUGGCAGGAAAGCAGACAGCCUAUUGAUGGCGUUAUCUCCGAAUGACCAAAGCAACCAGUGGGUGCCUCUAGUUCAUCUGGUGCUUGGCAAGUGGAGUUUAAUAAAUGCUUUUCGACUGCCUCCAGCAAAAAUCACCUCAAAGUAUAACCCAAAUUUCUUCAGGUCGCUUUUUGCUUUGUUCUUGGCAUCUUUGGGCCUUUGCCCUCCUUUCCAAAGGAAGAGGUCUAAUCUUAGUUACUUUCACUUCCCUUUUAAGUAUCUUAAGCAUUUCAUCCAAUCUAGAAAUCUUUCGUUUCUUUAGGCCUGGUAGGGAGUUCAGUUCAGUUGUCUCAUUUUACAGAUGUGGAUGCAGAAGUCAAGUGACUUGUCUCCGGCGACGUGUGGUUUGAAGUAGCAGGAUGAGGAGGUGGAACCCGAGGGACCUUUCUGUCCUCCAGUGUAGCUGGAAGUGCCAAGACUGCAGCAAGUGCCUGUCCAUGUCCAGAGCCAAUGUUGCUGUGAGGUCGCCUCCACCUUUUGUGGCAGCUGUUUGGCAGUGGGUCUUGGUGAACUUCAUUGCUAUUUGGACGCUUUUAAAUGCUCCCUGUGUCACUUGCAAUGCAGCAGCCCCAGAGUGAGACCAGGCAGGCAGCUCUUAGCAGUUUUGUUGGGGGAUUUGGAGUUUUCAAGGGCGGUUUCUUGAGUGUUGUGUUUUUUAAAUUUCCUUCUCAGCAAAAAUCUUUCUCCUGCCCGCUCCUGUCCCACUCCUUAUUAUUCAACUUGAAAAUAAGAACUCUUCUUGCUGUUAUCACGGAUAAUCAAGCAAAACAAAUUUCCAUGUUGGCCAUAUCUAAAAGAAAAGAUACAUGAAUCCACAUGUGUUUAUGUGUUCGUUUCACUUCUGACCUCAGACACCCACCAGCUGAGCAAGACCCUUAAACCUCUGCUUGCCUCAGUUUCCUCUACUGUAAAAUGGGGAGAGCUUUACAUUUUUGAGUGUUGCUCUCAUAAGACAGGCAAAAUCAGAAGCAUAUGUCUGUUGAGAGGGUAGAAAAAAUGGCUUUAUUUCUUUUUGGAAUUCUAGUCUGGGACUGUGGGAGCUGGGAAAGUAGUAAUUGUUUGCAUUUCUAUUGCAAGACACGUGGCAAAUGUUGAACUCUGAACCUUGAUUGUCAGGAAGUCAGUGGCAGGGUAUCACCCCCUUGAACAGAUGAGAGAGCAGAAGGAAGUUUAGAGAAAGAAAAGGAUUUGCUACUACUAGGAGACAGGGCUAGACCUGGAGCCCAGUUGGCUCUAAGCCCCACAUUCUUUCAACACCCCAAUGUAACUACCUCUGUUCAAGAACUUGUUCAUGCUUUGGUACUAGUUUAGACAGUGAUACUAGGUGCUGCUGAGACAUUCUUUUUGAAAAUGGGUGGUCAGUAGUAAACUUUGACUCCUUUGGGAAGGGUCGAUGAUGAUGGUUCCCCUAACUGAAUUAUACUAAUACAAGAAGGGCUUUUCAGUGAAGGAAAAGGGAAAUUGUGUACGUGUUAAUAUUUGUGGAAAUAGAAGAUGGUAUUUUCUGCCCUUUUUUUCACUUGGUGGUGGUGUGAUCAGCUUUUGAGACUAGGACAUGAAGUUCCUUUUACAGAGCCCUGGGAGGUCCUCCUGAGAUUGCUAGAGGGCAAGGUCAGUCUUAAUGAACUUAAGUUAGCUUGCUUCCCCAGAGAGAGAACUGAACCGCCUUCUCCACUCUGAGCUCCCACGUAGGCAAGAGGAUGCAUUUCCCCUGUCCCGAUGACUAAUCCUGCUCCUUUCAGUCCUACAAAGCUGUAGUAUUGAACAGAUGUUUGAAUUGGGUUCUUCACUGAGAUAGACCACAGUGUGGGGAGGAAACAAGGUGGGAUGGGAGUAUGCCCUUGAUGUUGGACAUGGAAGUGGUGCUCCUGUGUGGUCAUGGAGUUGUUUUCAGAUAAGGAGCAUUUGGAUUGGAGUGACUUACCUGAAUUUUUUUUUGUUCCUAAUAGCUCCUCCAACCAAGGUUAUCCAUCUAGGAGGUGAUCAAAGGUGGGAUAAGGACAGUUCACAGGAGGGUCUUUGUUCCCUUUUUUCCUGUUAUGAACUGAUUUGUUCAGUGUUCAGUCAUAUUCCUGGCUUUUUAUGAAAGAUCUUAAUUGAAGCAACUGACUAAAGCCUGUUCAUUAGAAUAAACUGAGAUUCUGGGGUUUGUGAACCCAGAACCCUAGGGAAGUGGGAAAGGCUUCCCAGGCCUAUGAGCCAACACCAUGGGAGUACCACAUCCUUGACUUCCUUUCUCAAACCCUGUUGCUCUUGUAUGGAUGAGAAGUGACUAUUUUGGAUCCCCAAUAUCCCUUCCUUCAUGUGAUAGAUUGAUUCAUAGUUCCCAAACCAGAAGGAAACUUAGAAGGCUAGAUCUAGUCCAGGAGCUGUUAACCAUUUUUUGUGCCAUGAACCCCUGGGAAAUUUGCUGAAACAUCUAAGUUCUUCUCAGAAUGUUUUUAAAUGCUAAAAUAAAAUAUCUAGGAAUACAAAGGAACUUAGUUAUAUUAAAAUAUAAAUUUCACAGACUCCCUCAUCUCAUUUUACCUCAUUUUACCAAUGAUAUCCCACAUUUGUCUAGCACUUAGAGGCUUAUUAAGUUCUUUUCUUGGAACUUCCUAGGUGAACUCUUAGGUUUCUCUGUGUACUUCUCAUCAUUUAUAUCCCUUUGUCUUCACUUUCACACUAUCUCACACCUUGGUGCCCAUAUGUUAGCCGUCAUCCUCCCAGAGCCUCUCCAAGCUCUAAAAUAAUCGGUGAUUUGUGCUUAUGGACGGUAACAUCCAGACUUUCAACUCUGAUUAGUUAAUGGUUUGCCUGAAAAAAAAUUUUUUUUUAACCUUUGCCUUCCAUCUUGGAAUCAAUAGUGUGUAUUGCUUCUAAUGCAAGAGUGGUAAAAGCUAUGGGUUGUGACUUGUCCUGGGUUGCGCUACAAAACUUGAGCUGUAUUUUCCUGAGAACUUCUCCAGGCCACUUCUUGGCUGUCUCUACUCCCUCCCCUCCAAGCUCCACCUUUCUCUGUUAGAAUGUAAGCCCCUCGAGGGCAGACUUGCUUAGCUGGAAACAAUAAAUGCUUUCUCCAAAUUUCAGAUUCCUGCACAAAGGAGGCAGUUUUUUAUUAGAAAAAUUUUAUUUAAUUGAUUUAGAAUAUUUUUCCCUGGUUACAUGAUUCAUGUUCUUUUCCUCCCUUCCUCCCACCCCCCUCUUAUAGCUGGUGCAUGUUUUACAUAUGUCAUUGAUCAAGACCUAGUUCCAUAUUAUUGAUAUUUGCACUAGAGUGAUCGUUUAGAGCCUACAUCCCCAAUCAUAUCCCCACUGAACCAUGUGAUCAAGCAGUUGUUUUUCUUCUGCAUUUCUGCUCACACAGUUCUUUCUCUGGAUGUGGAUACAUUCUUUCUCUUAAGUCCCUCAGGAUUGUCCUGGGUCAUUGCAUUGUUACUAGUAGCAAAGUCAGUUACAUUCAAUUGUGCUACAAUGUAUCCAUCUCUGUACCAUGUUCUCCUGGUUUGCUCUUUUGGCUCUUCAUCCAUUCUUGGAGGUCGCUCCAGUUCACAUGGAAUUCCUCCAGUUCUUUAUUACAAAGGAGGCAUUUCAUCAGUGUUUGUUAAGAUGGACAGUUCAGGGAUUGUCUUCAUUUUCUACAGCUCCCAGAGUGUUGGCAGCCUGCAAUGGAGCUUGAUGUGCUCUGACUCUACAGACAACUGGGGCCCAGAGACAGAUUGGGCCCUUUUAAGAGUAGGCCAAGUCGAUGUUUGGCAAGGCAAUCCCUUGAGAACAAUUAAGUCAAAAAACUAGGUUUACGUUCUCAUCAGUUACCCUGCUUGGGCACAUAUUGAGAGCAAAUGCAAAGGCAUUGCAGGUACAGAACUUGCUGCCUACACAGUGAAAAAGUUUGGUGAGAUGCAGAAAGAGGGCAAGAAUGAAGAUCAGGCUGGGUCUCAGUGUUGCCUCCUCUGUAAGAGGAUGGCAUUCUCGGGAACCUCGAGUGGCUGGCUACUGCCAAGAUCAAAUGGAAAUUCCUUGCUAAAUGUUCUAAGUACAACUUUGACUCCUCAGAUUUAUUCUAUCAUCUGAUGAGCUGGUCAACUUGGAUGAGUCUCCAUUUUUCCCCCAUUCCAGACAACAAUGAUUACCCAUGGCUGUUGUAGGGAAUGUAUUUUGUGAACCAGAUGCUAUUUGUAAGGCCCCAGCUCUAAAAUAAUCAGUGAUUUAUGCCUCUGGACUGUAACAUCCAGACUUCCAAGUCUGAUUAAUUGAUGGAUUGCCCAAAUGUUUUUUUUUUUUAAACCUUUACCUCCCAUCUUAGGAUCAAUACUGUAGUGGUUCUAAGGCAGAAGAGCAGCAAGGGCUAGGUGAUGGAGGUUAAGUGACUUGCCCAGGGUCACACAGCCAGGAAGUGUCUAAGUACACUGAAAAAGGUUUUAAAAUGUAUUGAGGGCCCUUGACCUUUUGUGCAUUGUGAAAUUUAGAUGGUUUUCUACUUCCAGAAAGACCACUUUGGUUCAUUCAGUAGAAUGGAUGUCAUGAGAUUGUUUAGUGCAGGAUAAUACAUUACUGUGUGCUCAAAAGGCAACACAUGGCAAGAUUAGGGGAGUUUUCCCAAUAGGUUUAUUUCUAGUCUGAGGAAAUAGUCAGCGAGGCAAGUGAAAUGCUUUAGUUUGCCUUCCACACUUUCUCUUUGGAUGGAAGAUUUUCUUUGCCUUCUUUUCCUCUGAAAGUUGUUGGGUUAAAAUUCCAGUAAAUGUCCUUGGGAAUGGGAGCAGGCCGAGCUCAAACAGGAUCUCAAACAGGAUUCUUGUACUCCUAAGCUUCUGAUUAUUCAGGGUUCUAAUUACUCUUGCUCAAGGGCAGAGGUGUAGAAAAGUGAACUAAGCUGCUGGUUUGCUCCAGGCUUGUAGCUCCAAUAAAAGUUGGCAGGAGCACCUGUCUGGCGCUCUGGCAGUCCUGGUUUACAUAGAGUCCAUGUCAUGAAGAGGUACCACCUGUGAGGAGCACUGUGCUUCUGAGGGCUCCUGGGUGUCCCUCAGAGAGGUGAGGACCAGGGGAUGAUCUCCAUGUUUCUGUCUAGAUCUGUGUAUGGGGUUGACCCACAAAUACUAGAAAAUCUUGGUUUUCAGAAGUUGUUUUUGUUAGGCUGGUGUUAUUCUUCUGUGUUACUUGGGGGAAAUUUCUUUUUGAAAAAGGAAAAUGUGAUUAUUUGGAAGGCAGCUAAGACUGUUCUAACAGUGAUUUGUGGGAUAUGGCCACCACCAGGUCUUUCUGUGAUCACCCAAAUGUUCUGGGCUCAGAUUCACAGUGGGAGCCAGCCAGAAAUCUUUACCUAAGUUACAUGAAAGCCCCUAUCAAGUCUGAAAGUCCAUCUGAGGCCACUGGGAGCCUCAGUGGAUAGAGACACUGGACUUGAAAUCAGGAAGACCUGAGUUCAAAUGUUGCCCAAGAUACUUGCUAGUUAUAGGAACUUGGAUGAGUUAUUAAGCCUCCUUCCCUCUCAGUUUUGUUAUCUAUAAAAUGGAGGUAAUUACAGCCCUUCUACCUUGUGGGGUUAUUGUGAUAACGAGCUGACUGGCAAACAUUUUACUGAAUUCUCAGCUAGAAGCUGCUUCCCUUACUCAGAGAUAGGAGGAACAAGAUGGCACAAUCUUUAUUAAUAAAAGGUAAACCCAGAGCCAUGAGGGGCCUUGAGGAAUGAUGGACGGGUGUGAUCAGUAUGAUCAGCUCUCUGCAGAGCAGACAACCUUUAAACCGUAUGAUUUUCUGAAGAAAUCAGUAGAGCGGAUUUCCCUGGCAAACCCUACAAAGAAAAGAGUGAGGAGGCUCUGACAGAAAUGCCCUCAGAUGCUUGCCAUUAACUACUUCGCCCAGUGUUAGUGUGAACGUCCCUGUAGCUACAGCCUACACGAGCCAAUCAAACAAUGGAUGUGAAUCCAAUGCCCUUCACCUCAGAACGGACUGGAAACACAUCAUCCUCUUGUACCCAGCGAGCACCCAGCUCUGCCUGGAGUAUGGCUCAGGGUGGCCCCGAAAGGCGGGUGCACAGAUCCCCCCAGGCGACACUUGGUCAACUCCUACAGCCAAGCUCAUUUUACACAUGCACAUACACACAGGAAUGAUGCAUCCUGCUGACAUUCCCAGGCUUUAUGAUGUUUUUCAGGGUAGCUAAUAGGAGUUAUUUCAUGUAGAUAAAGCAUUUGUUCCACAUUUAUGGGGUGCAACGCACUGUGCUAAGCAAUGUACCUGGAUUCUUGGAAAAGUUCUGUUUAUUCCUAACCUCCAAUCUGACUUUCACAUUCUAAUAAAGGUGUUUGGAAAUAGGG